AUCUCUAGUCUCUUUCACUGGAUUAGUGAGGACAUUUGUGAAUCUGGAAGACAUUUUGUCAAAGCUGUAAACACACACACACACACACACAUCUUCACUGUUGUUGUUCUUGAUGUUUCUCUCUUCUUGUGUUCAGAUGCCUGUGAUCUCACACUGGAUCCAAACACAGCAAACACUGAACUCGUUCUGUCUGAUGGGAACAGGAAGGUGACGCGUGUGGAAGAGGAUCAGCCGUAUCCUGAUCAUCCAGAGAGGUUUGAUCAGCGUCCUCAGGUUCUGUGUAGAGAGAGACUGACUGGACGCUGUUCCUGGGAGGCUGAAUGGAGCGGAGAUUAUGCUGGAAUAUCAGUGACAUGUAAAGGAAUCAGCAGGAAAGGAAUGAUUGAUGACUGUAUGUUUGGAAGGAAUGACAAAUCCUGGAUUCUAGACUGCUCUGCUGGAGGAUUCUCUGUCUGUCACAAUAAGAACUACACUAAAAUACCUGCUGUCCAUUCAUCCUCUAAGAGAGUAGGAGUGUAUGUGGAUGUGUCGGCCGGCACUCUGUCCUUCUACAGCGUCUCUGACACACACACACUCACAGGCUUACACACAUUCAACACCACAUUCACUGAACCCCUCUAUGCUGGAUUUACCGUUUAUUUCUCCUCAGUGUCUCUGUGUGAUAUUAAAGGAUAGAGAGACACUCUGUAAAUCCUCUUUCUGAUCUUCACACACUCAAAUCUCACUUCAUCACAUUUGUAUUAAUUAAUUUUUAAUGCAUGUUUUUCAUUGUCAUCUAGAAGUUACACAUCUAGAUCAGACACACACACUGUUCUGAAUCUGUAAUAAACAGAGUAAUAAAGUUGCUUUAAUAUUCAUGUUGUAAAUUGUUCAUCAGAUUGAAUAAAAGCACAUUUGAGACUCAUUUAA